UGUUAUCAUCGGUACUGACUUCUUGUUAAAGAAGCAGCAGGGGAGAGACUCUGACAGUCGAGAGCCAGAGACCGAGAGAGAAGCACGAUGUCUGAAUUCAGAAGGAUCCUGAUGUCUUCAUUCCUGAUGCUGCUGCUCCACUUUCCAGAUUUGAAAGGUUACUCCCUCACUGUCAGACCUGGAGAUGAAGUCACUUUGCCUUUUGACAAUGUGAUAGAUGAUCAGGAUAAGUGUGAGAGUACUGAGUGGCUCUUCAGACAUUCAAGAAGCUCAGGAGUGACGCUGUUUAAAGAUGGACGGAUUCACAAAGAAGCCAAAGCUAAAUCAGACAGACUGAGAGUUACACAGAAUUGUUCUCUGGUUAUAAAGAAGGUCACAGAGGAGGAUGCUGGUCUUUACGGCUGCAGCCAGUUCAGAUCAGGAGUACAACAAGGUUCAGUCUCUGUGGUUUAUCUGCAUGUUGUUACCAUGACUGGACAUCUGGACAAUGAUGAGGUGACGUUAAACUGCUCUGUGGAGACAUUUGGACGGUGUGAUCAAACAGUGAAGUGGCUGCUUCAGGGUCAAGAUGUGGAUACAGAUCACAGAGAGAUAAAGACAUCACAGUCUUCCUGCUCUGCCUCUGUGACAUUUCUGACUUCUCUCUUUAGUUACACAACAAGGUCUGAGUUGUUUACUUGUAAAGUAACUGAUGAGCUCACAGGAGACGUACAGGUGUUUCUCUUCAGCGCUCAGUCCUCAGGAGAUGCUACAACAACUGGAACACCAACAAUUCAUGAAUGGACAUCUGAAAACAACAACAAAGAAACAGACUGCAAACAUCCAGAAGGACCAGCUGUGUGGUGGGUCAUCAUGGUGCCUGUGGGGUUAGCAGCUCUCAUCAUCACCGUGGUUACAGUCCACAUCUGGACCAGAACUAAAGGGGGCAAAAAACGGAUUACAAAAAACCUCGAGCAGAAUGAUGAAGAUGAAGAUGAAGAUGAGGUGAACUAUGAAAACGAUGGAGGGCCGUCUGCCUCUGUGUGACUGAUCAACAACAUCAACUCCCCUCAGAGUCCAUGCUGUCAAACAUCACCUCCUCAUAUUCUACAGGAGAAAACAGGAGAACCAUGAGAUCAUUGGAACAUUUCUGAUGACUGAGAACACCUGAGCAGUGUUCAUUUUGGCAGCUAGUUUUGAUUUAGUCUUUAGACGAAAAUGGUUAUUAGUGUUUAGUCACAUUUUAGUCCUUUUUAAUAUUCAUAGCUUUAGUCUAGUUUUAGUCGAUGUAAAAUUACAUUUUAGUCAACUUUUCGUCAAAAUGUUUUCUCUCUUUAAACUAAUUCAGUUAAACACAGGUAUCUGAAACUGGAAUCAAGGUGACAGCAUCAAGUGUUGAAAUUCCUAAAGCAACAUUUCACUCUCUUAACACUUUACUUUGAACGGUACUACUACUCUUACAAAUCUGUGUGCAUGCCGCUGCAGUGUGUCUGUUAGGCCCCGCCCCCCACACACAGUGAGAGAGAGAUAGAGUUAAGCCCCGCCCCCCACACAC